AUGCCGAAUCGACACAAACGCUUUAAUCCGCGAGUUUGGCCUACAACAGCAUCUAACCACUCAAAUGCCGGAAAGAUUCUUACGAUCACCGCUUUCCAAGUGCAUUCUAUGCACACCAGACCAUUCAUACCCGUUACACGUCCAUUCACGCCUGGACGGCUACCUACACGACAUCGAUGGCAUGCACCCUGUUCAGACUGUCAUACUAAAUUGUUCAAAUCCCCAUUGCGAAACAAUGUACAGGCCAAGCUUCUACACGCGAGACAGCGACCAACAUUAUUACACGCACACGAUGGAACGCAACAAAGAUUACCUUCAUGUCCAUUGUCAUUAUUACAUGACCACCCGUCUGGUCUACAUGUUCCGAGUUUUGCAGAUGUUAGGCCAUGUCAGCCAUUUCAACCUUGUGAAUUGGUUCAACACCAUUUUCGUAGACGACUCGCCUCCCCCGUCUUUCACACCCAGCCAGUUGUUCAGUCCUUCGAUGUCGGAAGAAGAGUGUCGUCACGGGCUUGUGCUGCAUUCCUUAAUAAAGCACGCCGACCGUAG